GUUUGGGUUUGCAUCAGGCAUCCGACCCCCAAACCACCAACCAAAAGCACUUACACCACCAACAACACCAACACCACCGCCAACGUCAACAACACUAAACAAAUACGACGACAGCAACCAUGCAUUCAUCAUUCGAUGACAUCCCCCCCUUUCCCAACAAUCUCCCUCUUGCGCCAAUCGCCAUCAUUUCACAUGCAAAACUACUCGAGGGCGACCAUGAUGAGGCCGUCCGUUUACUUACAGCGGCCAAGACCCACGGCUUCUGGUACUUGAAACUGCAGGACACACCGCAAGGCAAAGCCUUCCUAGCUGAAGCAGAUCAGCUCCACGCCGUUGCCAAGGAGGCAUUCGCCCUACCCCUGCACGAGAAACUGCCUCACGCCCUCGAGCGCGGCGUCUCCCUCUUCGGGUACAAACCCGCUGGCACAGUCAAGACAACCGACCGUGACCAACGGCCCGACACAACCCAGUUCUUCAACGUCAGCAAGGACUACGUCCACGACAUAGCCCGAGAUAACAUUAGGGGCACACCCAUAACCUACCCACCCGAAAUCACCACUCACACCCCCCUCUUCCAAUCCUUCACCAGCCACGGCCACGCCUGCGGCAUGCUCAUUUUGCGCACGCUCGCCUCACAGUUAGGCCUCCCGGAGGACUCGUUCACCAACCUCAACCUCUUCGACCACCCCUCGGGCGACCACUGCCGCCUGACCCACAAACCGCCGUCACCGCCCAGCCCAGACGGCGGCGUCUCCUGCCCCUCCUCACUCGGCCUGCCGAGCCACACCGAUUUCGGCAGCGUGACCGUCCUUUUCAACUGGCUCGGCGGGCUCCAGGUCGAAUCCCAUAUCGACACAACCACCAAGAGCAGCGAAGGAGGAGAAAGAGGAGAAGUUCAGCGGGAAUGGGAAUGGGUGAAGCCCCUACCAGGGCACGCGAUCGUCAAUCUAGGGGACGCAAUGGUGACCUUCACCAACGGCGCGCUCAAGUCGGCCAAGCACCGGGUGGUGCCCUCGCCGGGGCCACAGGGUAGCGUAGAGCGGUACAGCGUGGUGUACUUUGUGCGGCCCCACAAUGACGUGCCGAUGAAGGCGCUGGACCAGUUCGGUGAUGCCAGCCACACGGCCGGGGGAGCGGUGCGAGUGGCCGGGAAAUUCUCUGCCGAUCUCGCGAGGACGGGCGGAGUGCUGACCGCGGGCGAGUGGAUGAGGCAGAGGGGUAUCCAGCUUGGUAACUAA